UGGUGUCAAUCACGAUGUGAAUUCUAACCUGUAAGUGCCGGAUAAUUCCGGAGUUGAAUUGGCUGGAGAAUAUUUUGGAAAUCGAUUUUUGAUAAUGUCAGGGCAAUCAAGAAAAUUACUCGAUGCUCUGACGUCGAGAAUCAAUCGAUCUCCAUUGCUGACGAGUGUUGUGGAAGGCGCAACAGAAAAAGCUCAACAUCUUCAGAAUAAAGCCACCGAAAAAUAUGACACUUUAGUGAAGCAAGUCCAUGGUAACACGACCACAAUAAUCCAGGACUUCCAUAAAGCCGCCCUCCAGCCUUCCACCCCGAUUCCAGUGAAAUUAGUAAACUGGUGGAAAUGGUAUCAACAGCUGACAGGUCUCGAGGACGUGGAAUUGGCGAAGAGACAGGUAAUAGCAGUUCAGGAUAAAUUAUUCCAGUGUCAGGAUCAGCGCAGGGAUCUCAUGAACCAGACACGAAUGGUGGCGGAAAAAUUGAAAGAUAUAUAUGGGGAACUCAUCCAGACUAAGCGAGAGGAUUCAAAGUACGUUCAGUUGACGAUAAUGGAAAAUAAAGGACUGCAAGAACAGGGCCGUCUCAUGGGACAAUUACGAUUGUUGGAGAAUGAAGAGAGAGAUCACUUUACACAAUUGGCCACUGCCAUCAAAGAGUAUCAUGACAGCCAGUCCAUGAAUGCCCAGAAAUACAGAUAUCUAUCGAUUCUUGCUUCUGCUGGAAUAGCUGUCUUGUCCCUUGGGGGAUCGAUGAUUUAUAAUAAUCGAAGGAUAGCUGAUGUUCGGCAUGUGAUCGCAACGGGCCAGACGAAAAAUGAAACAUUGUUUCGAGAAUACUUCAAUUCUUUAGAAAAAAGUAUCAAUAAACAACAGGGGUUUUUCACCUCUUGGAGAAAUCAAUCAGUUGCACCAGCACCUGUCGUCAACACUUCACCCCCUCAGCCUACUUCAAAAAUUGUAAAUGAUAGGGUCAUUGUUAUCGGAGCGAUAGUUUUUGUAUGCUAUGUUUUAGGGAGAAUCAGUUCAUAGUUGUUGAUUUUUUCAUGGAAAUUUAUUAAUACUUGCCAGAUAUUGCAUUGUAAUAUAGAUAGAGUGAUAGAUUGGAGUGGAGACUUUGUAUAUUGUAAAAUAAAUUGACAUUUCCGAA